CAUAACUCGGCUCAACUUACGGGAGGUUAGUGGGUUGUCCCAGCACCUGCUAGAACUCUUCGCGACGUUCGCUGACCAGGAGAUCCUCUGUACAAGUCUCCGGGGGAGAUAGACUGUUCUGGAACAUGGGUCUCAGAGGCUUGCUAAUGGCCCUGCUGUCUCUGGCUGCAGCCGUGGCAGAGAUUGAGAUCGAGACGGUGUCUGAGCAUUUCGUCUACGGCCGGAGUCCGUCGGGCCCGGAGAAGACUCUGGACAUCCUCAGCGUGAACUCCGUGCCCUUCCUCGCCUACGACCACGAGGCCCGCGCCUUCUCCGUCAACGGCCAGGCCACGGACGGGAGGGAGGAGCUGGGCGAGGCGGAGGUGACCUACUUUGCGAAGAGGGCCGAGGGGUUUCAGAACCAAAUCCGGGGCGACAUGAGCGAGCUGACGGCUGCCAACAACAACCAACCCAUCGGCAGCAAGAAACCGAUCGUCCACAUCUACACGGAAGAGGACUACGUCCUGCAGAGACCCAACACCCUGUACUGUUUCGCCGAGAGGUUCUACCCUUUCGAGAUUGAGCUCCAGUUCCUGGUCAAUGGCCAACCCUUCACCGGCCCCGUAGACUCGUCCCCACUGCUGGUCGAGACAGACUGGACAUUCAACAUCCUGAAGUACAUCCGGAUCGAGCCCCAACGCGGGGACACUUUCAGCUGCCUUGUGGCUCACGUCAGCCUCGAUGAAGCCCUGACUCUCUCGCUUGAUCGGCCAGCUCGAACACCCAUCUCGGGGAUCACUGUCUGUGUGGUCGGAGUUUUUGUGGGAGUACUUGGGCUAAUGCUAACCUUGUACUUGGGCAGAGAGAUACACAAAAGGAACGUGGCUGAAAUCCCUGUUCAUAAGAUUAUGAAAAUUGAAGGCCUGAAAACGGAAAAUGCAAAAUAGAACCUGUUUUUCUUGUAAAUAAAAUGUAAAGCGAUCAGUA